GUAUGAUAGUCAUAAACGCUACAUGAAUUUAACAUUAAGUUACCUGGAUAUGCUGACGCGUUAACUGUCUUAAGGUCCACUCCAUAGAGCUGGCCUAUCGCUGUCAUUGUGUCAUAUAUCCAACACAGGAUAACAAGGACCCAGAAUGUUCAGCACAAAGAGGUUGAAGAAAAAGUCCCAGUCAGUGGACAUCCCUAACGAGGGUUAUGCUGGUUCUCUCGUCAAAGACCUGCUGGCAUCACCCCUCAUACAGAAUGUGGCCAGAACAGCCAUAAGUGAAGAAAAGGGAAUCAAUACCGCUUUCAUCCAAAAGACUCGUAGUCCGCGUCGUGGAGAGCUCAAGCGAGGGUAUACCAUAGACACCGGGCAGAAAAAGUGUGCGCUGGAGAGGAAAGAUGUGCGGAGGAUAUCCUUCCAGAGGCCCAAAGGCACCAUGGAGUAUGUGGUGGAGUCCCGGGACACACUCAACAGCAUCGCGUUGAAGUUUGACACGACUCCCAAUGAGCUCGUCCAACUCAACAAACUCUUCUCUCGCGCUGUGGUCCCUGGCAAGGUGCUGUAUGUCCCUGAUCCGGAAUACAUCUCCAGUGCGGAGAGCUCUCCCUCACUCAGUCCCAUCAGCCCCCUCUCUCCCACCUCUUCAGAGGCUGAUCUGGAGAAGGCCACCACAGUUUCAGGUGAUGUCCGUCGGAGGCACAGCACCUCCGGCCCAGGCCAUGGCCCCCCUCGGCCAGCCAGAGUGGUUUCAUCCACCUCCGAGGAGGAAGAGGCGCUUACAGAAAAGUUCAUUAAAAUGAACUGCAAAUACAUCUCGGAUGGCAAGGGUGUAGUCAGUGGUGUUCUGUUGGUCACCCCAAACAACAUCAUGUUUGACCCUCAUAAGUCAGACCGGCUGGUGCAGGAGCGAGGAUGUGAGGAGUACGGGAUCAUGUGCCCGCUGGAGGAGGUGCAGUCUGCUGCCAUGUGCAGGGAAAUCACCGACAUCAGGGUCCGAGAGCUUGUGCCAGUAGAUCUGGAGCUAGAGCCUUCUGUUACUGAGGUCAGCCAUCUGAAGCGGGCGCCACGUCUCAAUGCAGCCAAUGCAGCACACAGAAUCCGUGAGACGGGCAACGACAGCACCAGUACGGCCCCUCGCAGCACAGAAGCUUCUCUGUCCGAAGAUGUUUUUACAGAGUCCGAACUCUCUCCAGUCCGUGAUGAUGCCCUUGCAACAUCUUCCGACGAGCUGCAGCAGAUAAAGUCCUCUGGUGCAUCUUCGGAAUCAGUUCUAACCAUCAACCAGUCCACAACAGCCACUGAAGAACCUUCAUUGCUCAACAAAAAGGAUGUAAAAGAAGAUGUUCACGAUGCAGAAACUGAGGGAACAGGAUGGAGGGAUAGUGGCAUUGAACAGAGUCUUAAUACUACAGAUUUAUCCAGUAAGGUGGUGUCUGAGAACGUUCUGGAGAGCAAAAAAUUGGACCAGCCUGCGUAUCAGGCCAAAUCACGCACCACAUCUGAGUCACUUUGUUCAGACACUGUGGCUGUUGAGGAUUUUGCAAAAGCCCAUGAGAAACAAAAGAGCAUGGAAGCUCAGACUAUGCAAACAACCAAUGAUAUGAAGGAAGGAGAACAAGGGAUGGCCAAUGACUUCACACCAGCUAAAGUGAUUGGAGCAGAUGAGGAACAGAGUACAGAGGAAGUUGUGCCAGGACCCAAAGGCAAGCAGAAGUCCAAUUCACACAAGUUCCUGUGCCUGCGGGUUGGAAGGGCCAUGCGGAAGACCUUUCUUUCCUACGCCAGUGCCUCCAUGCAGCAGUAUGCCCAAAGAGACAGGAAGCACGAGUACUGGUUCGCCGUUCCUUCUGAGAGAUCAGACCACUUGUAUGCGUUCUUUGUCCAGUGGACCCCUGAAGUGUAUGGAGAAGGGUUGGGUGGACUAACGCGAGAGCCUAGGUUUGUAGUGGUUAAAAAGAGCCAGGAUGCUGAAAGCGGGGAGCAUGACAAACCAGUACCUGAUAUCACAUUCAAAGACUGGGAGGUAGUUUCUGUGACUGAGUACUACCGGCGGAUAGAUGCGCUAAACAGUGAGGACCUGCGCUCGCUCUGCAAACGUCUUCAGAUCACAACCAAGGAAGAGGUGAACUCCAAACACAUGCUGAAGAGUGACCCAGAACCCGAAUCAUUCAGGCCCAGUCUGAACGAGCCCAGUGUCCUGCUGCAACCUGAUCAGAUCGAGAAGCUGGCCAAACACCUCCCCCCUAGGACGAUCGGCUAUCCCUGGUCUCUGGCAUUCAGCACAUCCAAACACGGCAUGAGCAUCAAGAGCCUGUACCGUGCCAUGCAGGGCCAGGAGUCUCCGGUCCUGAUGGUGAUCAAGGACAGUGAUGGACAGCUGUUUGGAGCCCUCGCUUCAGAGCCAUUGAAAGUCAGUGACAGCUUCUAUGGUACCGGAGAGACGUUCGUUUUCACCUUCUGUCCAGAAUUUGAGGUCUUCAAAUGGACUGGUGACAAUAUGUUCUUCGUCAAAGGAGAUAUGGACUCCUUAGCUUUUGGCGGUGGAGGGGGUGAAUUCGGGCUGUGGUUGGAUGGCGACCUCUAUCAUGGCAGAACUCACUCGUGUAAGACCUUUGGAAAUCCGAUGCUCUCGAAAACGGAGGACUUCUAUGUGCAGGACAUUGAAAUAUGGGCCUUUGAAUAACACCCCCGAUCCCCACCUCACGGACUCUGUGCACAGUAAGGCGGGAAUAUGAGGCCACAUCACUAGACCCCCAUAACUGGUUUAACACUCUCCACUUGGCUCCUAAGAAGCCCUGAUAGAGGCACUGUCCUUCAUUUCUGGAAAUGGUCAGCAUGGGUGGGUGCUCUUCGCUGGUGUCCCAGUGAGAGUUUCUUUACCCAUUUGCAGCCUGAGCUCCUCAAGUAUUGAGGAUAAGGAGGGGUGCUAAUGGCUUUUCCAUAAUGUUGUAGAACUUUCCAAGAAAAAUACAGGUCCAGACCUUCCCAUGAAUUUUCAGUCCUUGUACCUUCUUCACCUGUAGCAUUGCAUCUAUUUCAAGCAUUUUACAUAUCAAACCUCAAAACCCCCAUUAUGUAUCUCUGUCUGUGCGCUCACACAGGCUCUAUGUAAUCAAAUGCCACUACUUAAUAUAAUAUUCAGUACCGUGUUGCUGUACAAAGGUGGAGUAACAUGCAAAUUCACGUGGGGUGCCCUUUUACAUCAAUAUGCUUUCCUGCAAGUCCUUCGUUCGGUCUUGAAGUGCUGUAGUUAUGCCAGGAGAAAAGUGUUUGUCUUUUAGGAAGCCAUCUGAAGGAGUAUAUAUACAUAUAUAAAUACAUACAGCAAUUAUAUAUUUAUACCUUUGUUAGUGUACCGUGUACAUAACUAGUUCCCCUAUUGCUGUUACUUGUGACAGUAAAAUGGUUUGCACUUCUUUCCUUGAAGUAUUAUCUCAAUUGUACAUUAUCCAUGUAAAUGUGUUCCAAUAAAUACAUUUCUAUAUGUACACAACAUUAACUCUAAUCUUAUGUGAAUGUGAAGUUUUCGUCAGGUAACCGGUCUCUUGAGACUGGCUCUUCUCAUCAGCGAUAACCUAGGAACUGUAUAUAAGGUGACCUGGGCAUUCGAGGGUGGUGAAAUGACUAGUGCAACCAGAGCCAGUCUCAAGGGCUUUAGGAUGACAGCAGUCAGUGAUCAUGAGAACGCCUGUUACUGCAAUAUUCACAAAGAGCCUCAAAAGAGGCACAUCAACUCAUAAGUUGUUGGAAAAACUGAAAAUUGAUUGCCCUUUUUAGCAGUAUUCUGACUUGAAGUUUAAGCAGUUUCCUAUUUUGGCCAGCUGAAAACAUGCCCGAACAUUUGACCCGACUGUGCGCGUCUGUUGUCAGAGCAGGCAUCUUGCUGUGAAGGUCUUAUGCUCUCUGCAAACUGUGGGAUCGUGGAGCCGAAGGACUUGGACACCUUCUGGGGCCAACUGCACAUUCCUGGUCUUCCAAGUGUUUGAUGCCCGUGUGCAAGCUCAAUGAAAUAUUAAUCCCCUUGAAGAUCCCUGAGAGAUUAUGUAUCAAUAUAUUAAUCACAAUAAAUGUAUGUACUAAUAA